AUGCUGCUUGGAUACUAUCGGUUAUACGCGACGCAUCGCGGACAGCCAGCUUCAUCCCUACUUUCCCAAGCCCUGGACCAGAAGGCGCGUGCCUCUGGGGGUCAAAGUCUGAACAACGAUACUGCUGGGCCGUUUCAGCUCGGAAUGAUUCAACGAGGAUCCGGACAGGAGAGGCCCAAGCCAUGGUCGGAACUGAGUACAACCGGUAAAGUCAUGCGGACGACGGCUCGCACUACGAACCUGACUGUCAUACUUCUCGGUGCCGGGCUGUUCACGGUUUUGACAUACUCCCUCACCUCGGAGUUGUUCUCCAGUAAUUCGCCGACCGUCCUCUAUGGAGAAGCGUGUGACAAGAUCAGACGGUCGUCCAAGGUCGCAAGAUACUUGCAUGCGCCUCUUGUUUUCCACAACAACCCUCCUUCCUCCACACGCCCGCGGCACCGAAACCAUAACGUCAAUUCGCGCAUAGCGGUAGAUGCUUCCGGUCGAGAACACCUACUCCUCAAUUUCUACAUAUCAUCCUCCCCCACAUCAUCGACCUCGACUACGUUUACCGACUCCGAGCAAACCUGGGUCGACAAGACCAUCCAACGUACACAAGCGGCACUCACUGAUAUAUCGUCCAUCACUGUGGACGACAUCAAAGACUGGUCGUCGCGGUCACUUGAUAGGCUCAAGUCUUCGUUUAGGUACCUCACAGGCGAACCUGCGCCGUCGAUUCCGCCGACAACGGGUCCAUCACCAACUUCGGAAAGGCCGAAGGAAAGGCAGGGAUUCCUCAAGACUGUCGUCCUCGGAGUGUUCUCGAUGAGGCUUGGAGGUGCUUCUAGCGAGGAAUCCCGCCCAGCCGCGGGUGUUACAUGGACAGAAGGCGAGGUGCAUGCCGAUUUGGUCAAGAACGAUGAGGGCUACUUCGUCUUCCGCUACCUAUUAAUCGACAUUCCGAACUCUCGCAGUCGGAACCCCAUACGAGUAUUUGUCGAGAGAGCGCCGGACGUACGAGAAACAGAGCCGGUCAUGCGGUGGACGCAGGUAUAA